AUGCGCUUCAACACAUUGAACGAGCACUGGGUAUUUGAAAACUACCAGUUCUUUGACAACAUUGUUAUCAUGCUAAAUAAAAAUAAAAGUAUUUUGUCCACAAAAAUGAACAAUUUGUUGGCAACACUGGGAAUGUUAUCAGAAUUGCCGCUAACAUUAGUGCGGUGUCGGCGCAGGUUUACGGGUGCCCGGCGUCUGGACGGCCAGACUGUGGUCAUCACUGGCGGCAACGCAGGCAUUGGCAAAGAGGCCGUCUAUCAGCUAUCACUUCGGGGGCCAAAGAAAAUAAUAAUCGGUUCGCGAAACGCGGAAAACAACGAACGGGCGGUACGGGAGCUGAUGGCCCGCAACCCGUCGGCCAACAUAACGGCCCUUCGACUGGACUUAUCGUCGCUUCAGUCCGUCCGUGAGUUCGCCAAAGAGAUCGCCGGCACUGAGACCAGAGUCGAUGUACUCAUUAACAACGCCGGCGGUCUCUACCGGUUUACGGGGUCACCGGUAGAAACAGUCGACGGUUACGAACAACAAUUGGUGACCAAUUAUUUGGGUAGUUAUUUAGACAGCCACUAUUUACUAUCGCUACACUUACUACCACUGAUGCGCCGGUCGCCCAACGCCCGUAUCAUUAACGUGUCUACCAAUGGUCACGUGUUCGCCGAUGUAAACGUGGAAAAUAUUAAUCUACGUAACGGUGCCUACGGAGCCAUGAAAGCACAUUUGCAAACAAAACUGGCCCAGGUACUAUUUACCAGAGAAAUGGCCCGUCGACUCGGCCCCGAUAGUACUGUUAAGACCUAUGCGAUUAACCCGGGUAUUGUCAACUCCAGACCAAGUAGCAAUAUUGUUGAACGCUUUUUUAAAGCCUUACUAUCACUGCCCAUCGAUAUGGGCCCCCAGACCUACCUCUACUGUGCCCUCGAUGAGUCAUUAGAUAAUGAGUCUGGCUUCUUUUACGAUAACUGUCGGCGCGUCCAACGUAUGCACAGUAAGGCUGUGGACGACAAGACUGGACAUGAUUUGUGGCAAUUGAGCGCCGAUAUGGUUAAACUCGAGGCCGAAUACAGUAGUGUAGUUAUAAUUACGUCGACCCGAUCCGAGUGGGACAUGACCUCCAAAUCGGGUCCCGAAGUGACCAAUAUUUCGGCCUGUAUCGAGAUUCGAACCAGCGACCUUUCAUACAAAGACACCCCAUCAUCACCACUAUCAUCAUCAUCUACACAAACUGCCCCACUCAAUCAACCCUCACUCCCCUCACCCAAUCAACCUUCACUGCCCCCACCCAAUCAACCUUCACUCAUCCCAUUUAAUCAACACACCUUAAAUACUGCAGCCAUAGGCGCAGAUGACAAUCCUGCAGCCAUAGGCGCAGAUGAUAAUACUGCAGCCAUAGGCGCAGAUGACAAUCCUGCAGCCAUAGGCGCAGAUGAUAAUACUGCAGCCAUAGGCGCAGAUGAUAAUACUGCAGCCAUAGUGAUCGCAAUAUUUCCAUCAUGUCUUCAAUAUAUCCCGAUUGAAAAUCACAAAUUUUCCGCCAUAGGCGCAGAUGACAAUCCUGCAGCCAUAGGCGCAGAUGAUAAUACUGCAGCCAUAGGCGCAGAUGAUAAUACUGCAGCCAUAGGCGCAGAUGAUAAUACUGCAGUCAUAGGCGCAAGUAACAAUAAUACUUUCCGUAACGAGAACACGUCUUCGUUCGUCAUGGUAGAAACAGGUAUAUUCCUGGCUAAGUUCUCGCCAAGCGGGGUGCUCACGCCCUGCGAGGUCUUGUCAGCUAGUGAGGCGGUCUGA